AUGUCUAAAAACUACACUCUUCAUUACUUUGAUGGCCGUGGCCGUGCAGAACUAAUUCGUCUAUUAUUCGCAAUGAAAGAUGUUAAGUUUCAGGACGACCGUAUCAAAUUUGAUGAGUGGCCAAAGCUCAAACCAAAAACGCCUACUGGACAAUUGCCUUAUAUGAUGAUAAAGGAUAAGCCAUAUGGACAAAGUAUAGCUCUGGCCAGGUACUUCGCAAAGGAAUUCGGAUUGUAUGGAAAAGAUAAUCUUUCUCAACUGGCCAUUGACGAAAUCAUCGACAACAUAGUAGAUUUCCGAAACGCCGCAGUUAAAGUGAGGUUUGAGGCAGACGCUGCCGAAAAGGCUAAACUCCAGAAGAAACUCGAAGACGAAACAGGGCCUGCGUUCCUGACGAAAAUGAGCACGAUAUUAACUGAGAAUAAAACUGGCUUCCUUGUCGGCUCUGCGUGCACGGUGGCUGACCUGGCUUUGUUCGAUAUCAUGAGCGGUAUGGCAAAGCAGCCCAAUUCAUCAAAGGCCUUUGCUGUGGCACCAAACGUCAAAACCCACAUGGAGAAGAUCCAGGCUAUUCCCAAUAUAAAAGCGUGGGUGGCUAAAAGACCAGAUACAGAGUUUUGA